UUUGACAAACAGAAUUUCAUCAUGACACACACAACACUUACUCUUCACUCUAAAAUAAAUUCGUGUAAUUCAUUUCUCCAAUUUCUAUAACACGAUUUUGAUUGUCAUAAUAAAUUUAUGUUCGACGCGAUUGUGCAUUUUUAAUAAAGAUCAAUAAGAAUUCUAAUUUGAACUGUAUUUCGGUGAGGUUAAAAAUCAAUUGAAUGGAAAAUGUGAUAGCAACAAAAAAAAAACUAGCGAAACAAAAUGAAUGAAAAUGUGUGGUGAUGUGAUUGAUUGAAAGCAAGAAGUAGAAAUAACAAAAAGGAUUGAACUAAACAGCACCGCCAUGACUUCAAAUUAAACGGAUCAAAUUUACCCUUCAAUUACCCCCAACAACAUCAAACUACCAGAUACACCGAUACGUGAACUGCUAAAUACCACUUAGCAUACCAACUCUCACUGAACAAGGAAAUAAAUGAAUUUAAUUUGCUGGACCAUGGCGCCAAACACACGUGUAACACGAAAAUGGGAAGUAUUUGCUGGACGAAAUAAAUUCUACUGUGACGGAUAUUUGAUGUCUGCACCGAAUACUGGAGUCUUUUAUCUAACCGUGGUUUUAAUUACCGUGACUAGUGUUUUGUUUUUUGCAUUUGAUUGCCCUUACUUAACACUGGAAAUAAAUCCAGCCAUACCGAUUGUGGGUGGUUUAUUGUAUUUCUUCACAAUGGGUGCAUUGUUCAGAACCACAUUCACAGAUCCUGGUAUUAUUCCUAGAGCUUCCCAUGACGAGGCUGCAUAUAUUGAGAAACAAAUUGAAGUGCCAAAUUCGUUAAAUAGCCCAACAUAUCGUCCACCACCGCGCACAAAAGAAGUUUUGGUAAAAGGUCAAACAGUCAAAUUGAAAUAUUGUUUUACGUGUAAAAUAUUUCGUCCGCCACGAGCAUCGCAUUGUAGUUUAUGCGACAAUUGUGUGGACCGAUUUGAUCAUCACUGUCCAUGGGUCGGCAAUUGUGUGGGGAAGCGUAACUAUAGAUUUUUCUACAUGUUCAUCGUCUCUCUAGCAUUUCUAACCGUUUUUAUAUUCGCCUGUUCCUUGACACAUUUAAUUUUAUUAGCAAAAGCAACAAACAAAGAAUUUGUAGAAAUCAUCAAAAUGUCACCGGCGAGUGUUGUUAUUAUUUUCAUUUGCUUCUUCUCAAUAUGGUCUGUGAUAGGAUUAGCUGGCUUCCACACAUAUUUAACGACAAGUGAUCAAACAACUAAUGAAGAUAUAAAAGGGUCGUUUUCCUCGAAGGGUGCACAACACAACAUAAACCCCUACUCUCACGGAAACAUUUGCAUGAAUUGUUUCUACAUCAUAUGUGGCCCCAUGACUCCAUCCUUGAUUGAUCGUCGUGGCGUUGUCACUGACGAAUAUCGCGUACAAAUGCAACAACCCGAACGCUAUAACAAUGCAAUGCAAACGGCACAUUUAGUCAGUCAAUCAAUUGGGAGCAACGAUAACAAAUACUACGACAAAGAGCUGCAUCCCAAUCUGAUCAAUUCCGGUAUCUAUCGACAGCGAAGCUACGAUAAUUUACAAAAUGGUCACUCGACUAGUAACGCUCAUCUGGUUGACAAUGAACUUCCCAUUUCGACGCUACACAGUCCAGCUGAUCCAAUGAAUCUGACGCCGACAGAUGACAACGAUGUCGACGACGAUGAUGGAUUGGAGAAUUUAAGCAAUCGCAAUAAUUUGAGCGGCAGUUAUUCGAACUUAUUUCGCGACAUACUGGAUGAUGAUGACUGUAAGCUGAAUAGCACCGAACAAAAAGUUCACCAGAAAGAUUUGAGCGAAAAUGUCUACUCCAAUAUACCGUCGACGACGUCGAUACCAGCUGGUGACAAUAGUGAAAAAUCCGAUCCAAAUUUGCAUGUCUACUCAAAUAUUGUAGAGACAACGGCAGGAACAUCAUCGUCGGAAAAUUUAAAUAAAUCAACGAGUGGAAAUGUCGAUGCAACAUUAACUGACGGAUCGUCAACGAUGAUUGCCAACGAUUUGGAUUUGGAUGAUCCAGCGCUGGCGGUCGCAACGUUCGGUAUGGCUAAACCGAAGGAUAGCAGUAAAUUGGUAAACGAAAAGAUGAUCAAAUCAACGAAAGUAGAUCGGUCUAGUUUAAACAAUAAACGAAUGCCUAAGUCCAGUUCAAUGGAAAUGAAAAAUGUGAUACCUCAAGUGGCCAUAGUCGAUCAGUCGUCGAACGCUGUAAAUGGCAGUAGUGCAACAACGACCGCAAAUGCAUCGUUUUGCAGUCCGAGUCGUAUGCGUUUGCUACACGACACGACAAUGAUCGAUACGGCAUUAGAUUUGGAUAGCUUGGACGAUGGUUCGAGUGUUGGUAAUAACUCGCAAGCGUGUCUGGUGAAAACGGCAAUCGUUUGAAUCGACUUUUGAAUGCGAUGAAAGCUUUACGGCAACAAAGUGUACAGCAUCCAUGUGUAAAUUGAUGGGAAGGUUGGAUGGAUGAGAAUUAGGAGUAUGGUUCGUCUGUUAGUUAAUUUUUCUCUGGCGAGGGUUCAAACCAUAAGCUGAAUCGACAAAGUCACAAAUUAGAUACCAAAAUAGAUCUAACAUUUGACUUGUGGCGUGUGUCUUCGCUGAGAAUGUUUUACGACUGAGAUUCAUUUCCUUCCUAUAAGAUCAGUUAGCUAGAUUUUUUUAAUUAUUUUUUUAUUUAAGCGCGAACAAACGAACAUUUUGCGAAGAGAAACUUUAUUGUUAUUUUCUGCUGCUGUGUUUUUUCUCUUUUCUUUUUUUUUCAUUUCAUGUGUGUAAGGUACUGCCAAUGUGUGCAGACAAAUGCAAAUUUUUAAUUUAAUUUUGAAAGAGAAAAUUAUUUAAGAUGUGCUCUAAGUCAAAACGAAUAAGUAAUUUAAAAAAAAGUGAAAAUUGACGUCCACUGUCAUGUAGGCCGAAAUUUUUUUGUCAAUUUUAUUUCCGAUUUGUUUUUUCUCGAAAAAAAUAAAAUGUGAAAUCAUUCUAAUUUUGGUGUCUAUUGUUUAUCUGGAGCAACGAUACGAAUUUGGUAUAAGAAAAGUUUGAAGUGUGGAUCUAAUUAAACAUUACCAUUUUCACAGACCACGAGUAGGUCACCAGUAUGGUUAUCUAUAACUACUUCGGUUUAAAUAUUUUCAAAAUAUUGAUACGAAAUCUUUUACUUCAUUUAAUUUUAACAUUCAUUUUUCGUGCAGAAUACCUCUAAAUUUAGUUGCUGACAGAAUAGAAUAGGACCGUCAUCGCAUCCAUAAUAUAUUAAAACGCACCUCCUAUAAAAUUUCCUUCGCUCUUUAACAGAAUUUUCCAUAGCAUUUAUUGGUUCACAAUCAAGCGACUGAAAUCCAUUUUAUUUGCUAAAAAUAGCGCAUACCAAAAAUAGACAAUGGCUACUAUUGUCUGAGACGCAGAAAUUUGAUAUUGUUAUGUAAGCCAUAAAAUGGGAGCGCCUUCGUUAAUAUAUAUUAGUAACAUAUGAGCAGACGCUUGUCUAUCAUCGGAAACGACGUAAAAAGGAAAUGAUGAGAUCUGGUUAUUGCCGUCUUUGAUGGUAAAAUUUAAGUUAAACCAAAUGAAGUACAAGAAUUUGCUUCAAUCUGUCGCAUAAGCUUUAAAAGAAACAUAACAGACUCUAUACUAAUACUGGUGACUUGUUUGUCGUUUGUGGAAGAUUAAUGGGGUUGGGUUCAUAAUCACCAUUUCGAACGUACCAUUAACCGAUUGAUUGUUCCAAACUGUAAAAAAGCAACCAAUUACCAAGGUAAAGAAACAGUAAAGUGUGCAGACAUAGGCACUCGCAUUCUAAGAAAUAAAAAAGUGAAAAUAUUUUUGCUAUGACGGAUAAGCUUAACACAGCUUGUAGUGUAAAUGGAAAGGAACUUGAUGUGAAUUUUUGUUUUUUUAAAUUAUUGAAAAUAUUUACAAUUUAAUUAGUUGAUUAAAACUGUAGAAUGUAAGGUCAUGAAGAGAAGAGUGAUUAUUAUGAGAUUUAGAAAAUAUUGUUAAAGUUAUUGAGCUGAAAAAACCCUUACCCGUAGAACUGACUAAAUGGUAUUUUUGCAGUCGUAUUUAUUCUGCGCUAAUCGCAUUUUAGGAAGACUUUUUUAAGAAAACUUCGGACGAAAGAUUACUUUCUUUUCGGAAUUAUAACGACCAAAAUGUUUCCACUAAAGUCCUAAAAUAUGUUUAACCGAAAAAGUUACGCUUAGCGUUCCGUACGUAAUUUUUAAACUCUGUCAUGCUGUACAAAGUUUAUUCCUUUUUUUAGUUUCAAAAUUCUAAUCUUUAGCAGCAUCUAUUUCGGCUUACUCUAUUAUUCUGGACGAGAUUCUGAGUCUAAAGAACACCGUCCACUCUUUCUGAACAUAAAAUUCUUGCAACCGGUUAUGUUUUUCCGUUGCUCUGCACGUAUCCAAUCCUUUGCGCAAACUGACAGCCAAAAUUCUGAAACUAACCUACUGGUCCUGCGGGUAAUAAAAAAUGACAAAACCAUAAUAAGUAAGUCAAGUUGCAUUUAAAUUAUUAAACAACGACAAUGACUAGCAUUUGAAAAUAUUUAUUUUACGAGUUUUAGUUGUGAGCAAAGUAAAG